GACGGCAACGGCAAGAAGCUGCACGAGACGGCCGCAGACGGAAGCUACACGAUCAUCAUUACCAAGAUAUCCAGCGGCGAGGACCACCACACUUGGCGCGACGGACGCGGUAACAAGCACCGAAUGUAUUACCUCAUGACUAACGAGUUUAUCACACCUAAGAUCACAGACGUCCACACACCCAACGACAUCGAGGCCAUGAAGAAGCAGGAGAAGCGCGACCGCAACAGGGAGGACCACACGCCAAGCACAACAACUGCGCAUUGGACCAUUCGACAUACAGCACCUAAGCAUUUCUUCCCGAAGACCGACAGGAACCAGCUGAAGUCAGACGAGGCGGCCCGCAGCUUCAAGGAUGCGCUCAAUUCUACGACCCUCCCAGCCUGGAACAUGAAUUGCGACGAGCACCACGCCAUCCACUACGUCGCCCACCAAGACCGCAGCAAUCUUUACCACCAGUACUUCUUCGACACCGCCAAGCAGAUGAUCCGAAAUACCAGGAAGUGUAUCGUCAAGCUGUUCGACAGAGACUACGACUAUUUCGUGGAAGAACAGGCCCACUUUGCCAUGGAAGCGAAACACAACGGCGACUCCUUCACCGAAUGGAAGUACACAACGAAAUUGCUGAUCUUUGGCGGCAGGAAACGACAGAAGAAGAGGGCGUACCCACUAAUGGUCACAUCGGACGGUAGCGCAGUCAUCAGCACGGUCAGGAAAGCGGAAGAGGCGACAAAGCAUUUCGGCGACAACGAAGCAGCGAAGUUCAUGACGCAGCAGGAAGUCAUCGACUGA